GCCGGGGCUGCUUCUCCUCCCCCUUCCUCCGAGCCAGGCCUACCCCGAGCCCUCAUGACGUCACCGACGCGGGACCAGCCCGAUUUCCCGGCGCCAAACUCCAUCCUGGGAUUUCUAGGCUUCAUCCCCACCGCCAUCUUCCCCGUGGGCAAGGAGGAGAGGAAGAAGACUGAAUCUUUGAUUUCAUCCAUAGAAUAGAACUCCAGAUGUUUUGCCUGCUGCUUUUGACCCUUCCCCUCCUGGGAAACUCAGUCCCUAUUGUUCAAGAUGAGAGCGAGGCUAAGAUUGUUGGGGGCGAUGCAGCUCAGGAGGGAGAAUGGCCAUGGCAGAUCAGUCUGAGGAAAAAAUUGAGUGGCUCCUGGAAGCACAUAUGUGGGGGCUCUCUCAUCCACCCCACAUGGAUCCUGACUGCUGCCCACUGCUUUAAUAGUGCUAAGAACGAUACCUCAUGUUUCAUGAUCCAAUUGAGGAAACAGAAUCUAUAUGAAGAUGACCACCUGGUGCCCCUGGAGGAGAUCAUCAUCCACCCCAACUAUACUCAUUUCUUUCUGGGUUUUGACCUUGCCCUGCUAAAGCUCCAGUCCCCUGUACAGCUCACUGAAACCAUCCAAACCAUCAUGCUCCCUGAAGCCUCCCAGAUUUUCACCCGAGACAUGGAAUGCUGGGUUACUGGUUGGGGGAACAUUGCAGAAGGAGUGCCUCUGCCCUCUCCCUAUACUUUGAGGAAGGUACAGGUUUCCUUGAUGGACGCCCUAACCUGCGACCAGGAAUACACUCAGAGAUCUGUUCGUGAAUCUGAGAGGAUGAUCUUGGAUAACAUGAUCUGUGCUGGUGAAACUGGCAAGGACUCCUGCCAGGGUGACUCUGGGGGACCCCUGGUCUGUAACGUGCAGGACUCCUGGCUCCAGGCUGGAAUAGUGAGUUGGGGAUUGGACUGUGGUGCUCCUCACAGACCUGGAGUCUACACUCUUGUCACGGCCUUUGUGGAUUGGAUCAAUCAGCAGAUCCAGUGAUUCUGGCCCAAUUUCUCCUUCUCCUCCUUCAUCACACCAUCACCUUAAUGAUUCCAGCCUCCACUUUGCCUGGGAAGCCAACCCAACUAUUCCUUAAUCCUCCCCAUCACACUGGACUCACGCUGCCUUCUUCAAAUACCUCCUUCCUGGAGGCAUCUCUCCUUCUCUGCCACCCUGAGUGCCCUAGCAGCUGCAGGGUAGAGCAAAGAGCCCUGGACUAGGAAUCAGGACACCCAGCUUCUGGUUUUCUGCUCUACGACUGGCUCACUGUGUGACCUUGGCUGAGUUUCAGUUUCCCCCUCUGUAAGAUAUAAUA